UCUCCUUCUUCAGUCCUUAAACCCUUGCUCAUUUCUCACAGUCUCUUCUAUCUCUUCUUCCCUUCCUAACCAUCCUAUUUACCUUUCCUAAAAGAGCUUUAACUCACUUUAAUGGAGAAAAAGAGCAGGUGCUAAACAUCUGCAGCUGUCUGAUUUGCUAGCUCUUGAUAUUUCAGAGCUCUUCUCCUGGAAUUCAGGGCAACACGCAAAAAGAAAAAAAGAUUCAGAGCCUGCUAUAUAUGUCUAGAACAUGUGGUCAAACUUUGUGCAACUGACAACUGGCUUGAUAUUAUCAUCAAGUUCGUAGUGUGGCGACGCUUUGGUCAAAUUAGACUCUCGUCCUAUUGGCCUGUGCUUCAAUAGGUUUUUCAGAACCAUGGAAAAAUAGAGAAGGUAGGGUGCAAUGCAUCAGUGCCAGAUUUGUAUUAAACUAAUUCGGGCAAUGGGAAAACUGAUGGCAUGUCUAGAAGCAGAAAUAGGACAGAGACGAAGUUUAAAUGUUUCAGAUAUUGAGCUAUGAAUUCCGCAGGAGGUAGAAGAUGAUGAUGAUGGCAGAGAUGGUGGAUCAUAAAAGAAGAAGCUGCAAUAGCUUUGUUCUCAGCAACUUGACUGCCGAGAAGAGGCGUAGAGGUGGAGAUGGUGGAGGAGCUGCCAUGUCUACCAAGGAGAAGAAGGAUAAGAUCGGAGAAAGGGUAGCAAAGCUUCAGCAACUGGUUUCCCCUUUUGGCAAGACAGACACAGCUUCUGUGCUUGCAGAGGCCACUUCCUACAUCAACUUCCUCCAUGAACAACUUCAUGUGCUGAGUGCUCCUUAUCUUGGGACAGCAGUCACAGGGAAUGUGGAAGAAGGUGAUUAUUACAGUUUGAGAAGGCGCGGUCUCUGCCUCAUGCCGAUCGCAUCGACGCAGAAGCUUGCUCAAAGCAAUGGGGCUGAUUUGUGGGCACCAGUGAACUCAAGCACAAGGCCAUCCAAUAUCUGAAAUUAAACAACAGCAGGAACUAGUAGUGUUGAUUAAUUUGUGUUUGGCUUAGAUAUAUUUGCUGAUUAACUCCAUUCAUUUCCCCUAUUGACCAGAGAGAAUUCAUUGGAAUGUAACCAGUCAUAGCAUCAGUCUUGCAGUUAUAUAUGUAUAUAAUUGCAGGAAGCACUGGAUGCAGUAUAUGAUUAUAUUGAAGACUGCAGCUUGGUUUCAGCCAUAUUUGCAAUAGUUUCUUAUGGUGUUUUUGUAUGACAUAUUAAAGUAAUUUCCUGUAACUUAUAGCUCUACAAUUGGUAAGAGAAUCGAAAGACUUGUUGAGGUGUA